GCCCGAUUUGUGAUGUUGACGGAUGCACCUGAAGCAGCCAAUCAGGAAUGUGGAUUUUCUUAUCUUUUGCUGUGGAGACCGCGGCAGAUCAUGGCUUUGCUGGAAUCAAUCAGCGUGCAGGACCUGACAUGUCGAUUUCCGCGGACCUGAUGGAAAGCUGGAAAGUGAGCGUUUACCACACUGACUCAACCUUAUCGUCCAGUUUGUUAGUUCCCGACUGUUCCCACGGCCAUUAUCGUGGAUCGCUCGAGCCACACACCCCCAGGCGCUGCAUCUGGACUCUUCUGACAACCGUCAAUUGCGAGAUCGCUGAUUCGCGUGGAGGCAACCAGGUAAUUGGCCCAUUCGAUUAUCUCAUGCUCCCGAAAGCCACGGAGAAACUGGUCCCCAAGAUGUUGGUGUCUUGUCGUGCCACAAACGGCUUUGCCCACAUGGAGAUAUAUGAGGCAGGGAAAGUCGCCGGCCGCCGUUCCCUUGGGAUGUUCUCUUUUUCAGAUUCCCCGGCUUUUCUUCCAUCUCCAACACCAUGCCACUGUUGGACGGUUCGCGGACCGGUGACGCUGUCGCUGUCACUGCCAGCGUUCACAAUGGUAUUCCAGUGAUUGAGGGGAUUGACCCCACUACAGAGAAUGGGCGACACAAUGAUGACCCCAACAGACGCCAGAAGAUUGUGGUAGUCGGAUUGGGAAUGGUUGCAGUCGCUUUUAUUGAGAAGCUUAUCAAACUCGACUCAGAACGACGCAAGUAUGAUAUUGUCGUUAUUGGAGAAGAGCCGCACAUUGCCUACAACCGUGUUGGCUUAUCAUCCUUUUUUGAACACCGCAAGAUCGAAGACUUGUACCUCAAUCCUAAAGAAUGGUACGGCUCAUUCAAAGAUCGAUCCUUCGAUUAUUACCUCAACACUCGGGUAACCGAUGUCUUUCCCCAACACAAAACCGUCAAGACCUCGACCGGUGACAUGAUCUCUUACGACACCCUUGUUCUCGCCACUGGUUCCGAUGCUGUCCUUCCAACUAGCACACCUGGUUAUGAUGCCAAGGGUAUCUUUGUAUACCGUACAAUCGACGACCUCGAGCGUCUCAUGGAGUUCGCUGCUGCUCACAAGGGCUCAACCGGUGUCACAGUGGGAGGAGGACUGCUUGGCUUGGAAGCUGCCAAGGCCAUGACAGAUCUUGAAGACUUUGGCAGCGUGAAGCUCAUUGAUCGCAACAAGUGGGUCCUGGCUAGGCAACUUGAUGGCGAUGCUGGGUCUCUUGUGACGAAGAAGAUCAGGGACCUUGGCCUGGAGGUUCUCCACGAGAAACGUGUGGCCAAGAUCCAUACCGACGAUGACAACAAUGUCACGGGCCUCCUCUUUGAGGAUGGGCAGGAGAUCGAUUGCUCUUGCAUCUGCUUUGCUAUCGGAAUUCGGCCACGAGAUGAGUUAGGUGCAAGCGCAGGAAUUCAGUGCGCCAAACGUGGCGGCUUCGUUAUCAGCGAAAGCUUACAAACGUCCGUUGACGAUAUAUACGCCAUCGGUGAAUGUGCCAGCUGGGACAACCAAACCUUUGGUAUCAUCGCCCCCGGCAUCGAAAUGGCCGACGUCCUUUCAUUCAACCUCACGAACCCCGACAAGGAACCCAAGAAGUUCAACCGACCAGACCUGAGCACGAAACUCAAGUUAUUAGGUGUCGAUGUUGCCAGCUUCGGUGAUUUCUUCGCCGAUAGAGAUGGGCCCAAAUUCCUCCCAGGUCAACGUCCGUCCGCGCCAGAUGCCGAGGGAGAGUCCAUAGUUGAGAAAGAGCCUCCUGUCAAGGCAUUGACGUAUAGGGAUCCAUUUGGCGGUGUUUACAAGAAGUAUCUGUUCACCAUGGAUGGGAAAUACCUUCUCGGCGGUAUGAUGAUCGGUGACACAAAGGACUAUGUCAAGUUGAACCAGAUGGUCAAGACACAAAAGCCGCUUGAAGUGCCACCCUCCGAAUUUAUCCUGGGUGCUCAGAGCGGAGGGGAAGAGAACGCAGAUGAUCUUGAUGACGACGCCCAGAUUUGCUCGUGCCACAAUGUGACAAAGGGUGACGUGGUCGAGGGCGUCAAGAGCGGCACUUGCAAGACCAUAGCAGAUGUCAAAUUGUGCACUAAGGCAGGCACUGGUUGCGGCGGAUGCAUGCCUCUCGUGCAGUCUAUCUUCAACAAGACCAUGCUGGACAUGGGUCAGGAAGUUUCGAACCAUUUGUGUAUCCAUAUCCCAUACUCCCGUGCCGAUCUCUACAAUGUCAUUGCAAUCAAACAACUACGGACCUUUGACGAGGUGAUGAAAGCUGUUGGAAAAUGCGCCGAUUCCCUCGGAUGCGAAAUUUGCAAACCCGCCAUUGGAUCAAUCCUUGCGAGUCUCUUCAACCCUCACAUCAUGGACAAGGAAUAUCAUGAGCUACAAGACACCAACGACAGAUUCCUUGCGAACAUCCAACGGAACGGUACAUUUUCCGUCGUCCCUCGUGUUCCUGGAGGUGAAAUCACCGCAGACAAGUUGAUCGCCAUUGGCCAAGUAGCGAAGAAGUACGACCUUUACUGCAAGAUCACAGGUGGUCAACGUAUCGAUAUGUUUGGCGCCAAAAAGCAGGAUCUUCUCGACAUUUGGACCGCUCUCGUUGAUGCGGGUAUGGAGAGUGGUCAUGCCUACGCCAAGUCGCUUCGAACCAUAAAGAGCUGCGUUGGAACUACUUGGUGCCGAUUCGGCGUCGGAGACAGUGUCGGAAUGGCCAUUCGGUUAGAACAAAGAUACAAGAGUAUCCGAGCCCCUCAUAAAUUCAAGGGUGCUGUUUCUGGCUGUGUGCGAGAGUGCGCUGAAGCGCAAAACAAAGACUUUGGUCUUAUUGCUACCGAAAAAGGAUUCAAUAUCUUUGUUGGUGGAAAUGGAGGUGCCAAACCACGGCAUUGCGAUCUGCUCGCCAAGGACGUACCACCGGAGGAGGUCAUUCCCAUUCUUGACAGAUACGUUAUCUUCUACAUCCGGACCGCAGACAAGCUUCAACGGACAGCACGAUGGCUCGAGAACCUACCGGGUGGCAUCGAUUAUCUUCGAGAAGUCAUCCUUAACGACAAGCUCGGGAUCGCAGCGGAAAUGGAGCAGCAAAUGCAGGAGCUGGUCGACAGCUACUUUUGCGAAUGGACGGAGACGGUCAAGAACCCCAAGCGCCGCAAGUACUUUCAACAAUUCGCCAACACCGAUGAGACACUCGAGACGGUCGAAAUCGUCAAGGAACGUGACCAAGCACGUCCGACAUACUGGCCCAAGGAUGGGGCAAGCGAAGACUUCAAGGGACACCAGUGGUCCGAGCUUUCGUGGCAGCCCGUCAUCAAGUCCGACUACUUCUCCGACGGCCCACCUGCAAUUUCGUCCGCAAACAUCAAACGUGGAGACACGCAAUUAGCGAUCUUCAAGAUCAAGGGCAAGUACUACGCCACGCAACAGAUGUGCCCCCACAAACGGGCGUUUGUUCUGUCCGACGGGUUGAUCGGUGAUGAUGACGCCGGAAAGUACUGGGUAUCAUGCCCGUACCACAAGCGCAACUUUGAGCUCAACGGUGAACAGGCGGGUCGUUGCUCAAAUGACGAGGAAAUGAACAUUGCCACAUUCCCAGUCGAGGAGCGGGACGACGGUUGGAUCUACAUGAAGCUCCCCCCGGUAGAGGAACUCGACGCUGUCCUGGGUACAGAGAAGUGGAAGGUUAAGAAGGGUGAAGCCGCCGAUCCAUUCGAGGCGUAUGACAACAAAUACAAGGGGAUGAAGGGCAAGAGAGCAGGCGAGAAGGGCCUCGAGCGUGUCAAAACAGCCCGUCCUGCAAACUCGAUAGACUGGUAGGGGACUAGAGUGCAUGGCUAUUGGUUUCGGUUGUUUCAAUGGCGUUUUCUCAUGGGUGGCUGUUCUAUAGCGCAUUAUACCUAGAUAUGGUGUUGAAUCACAUUUCCUGUUAAGAUAACUGUCCUUCCUCUAUAUGUAAACAAUGUACUGGGAUUGGGUAGGCACUUUAAGCAUAUCUCUAACAAGCCGCCCAGGCCACUUUUAUUCCACUUUGCGAUCCCACUUGGGUCGAUCAUAGUCUAUGGAGAUCCUUCUGAUGCCUCAGGCCACCACAGGGCUUGUUCUGCUCACGUUAGCAUGAGUGUGAUUGGUUCAGAGUGUUAUCUAUCAAAUCUCAGACAGACCCGCCAUCCGGCUUACCCUGCUCCAUGAUCCAUCCUUCGCCGAUAACAGUCCCUCCUUCGGAGCACAAAACGCCCCGUUUCUCCUCAGAGAUCUCCGCGGAGUCAAGCUUGCAUACUCUGGUUCACGUCCAGAUUUCGCCUCCGUCAUCAACAGGAUGGAGCACCCAAGACCAGGGGUCAGAGGUCCGAGGAGCGUUCAGGGCAGUAAUGAACGAGUCCUUCUUCCGAGGAGAUUGUGGCAGUUUGUCGGACACAACUUGGAACUGACACUUUUUUGACGUCAGUGCAUUUCUGCAACCGUUGCAGCUUUGCUUUUUGUGCCGUUCGUCAGUCCUUAUGGAGGAGUCAAGACCAGACCCUCGGGGUUCGAUAGCACGGCCGCGGAGUCUGUGCAGCAAAAUACUAGGCGUUAUCGGGAACCCAAACUCUGUUUUCGAGACCAGGUUCCGGCCAGUGGGUCUGACUGGGCCGUAUACUUUCCCUUAUCUCUAUGCCUGAUAGUGGUUGAUCUCAGCCACAUCACGGCCUGGUCUCCUGGCAUCCGCUGCCUUGGGGGGAAAUGGAGAACAUCUCUGCUAUUUCCACGGGCCGACGUUGCCUUAAACCCAGAGUGUGGAUGUGGGUCGACGGCAUCAGGCUGACGGUUGAAGAGAGCCUUCCCUGUUUAGUGGAUUAAUCUCUAUUGUGUGGCUUUCUC